CUGCCAUCCUACGACUCACUAGCAACGCUUCUUGUUGCCGUCCUUACAAAAUGACCACCUCCAGUACAGGCAGUAGGGAAACAACAGCAAGCCUUAGGAAACAUUAAUGGCAACUAAAGAGUAGAGGCUGAUCGAGAUUCAUGAAAGGGGAGGAGGAGUGUGAGAGGCCAUAUGAAGAGGCAGCCGCCAGCCACACCCAACCAUUACUCCCCACACAGCUGCACGCACUCUUCCCGCCCUCCGACAACACCAGCGCCUCCAACAGGCGCCCGGUGGCAGCGCAGGCGAGUUAAAGGAUGAAAGGCAGCAAGGAGGUGUUCUUGGUGAAAUUCGUAAAAUCUUCUGGGAGCUCGGAGUAUUUCUUGAAAGCUUUGGAGUCUAUAAAGGAAUUUCAGUCAGAAGAACAUCUCCAGAUUCUUGAAGAAGAAGCAGCACUCAAUAUAAAAGAAAAUGAUAAAUCCCUUUACAUCUGUGAUCCUUUUACAGGUGUUGUUUUCAAUCAUCUCAAAAAGCUUGGUUGUAGAAUUGUUGGACCACAGGUAGUCCUGUACUGCAUGCAGUCCCAGAGAUGUGUCCCAAGAGCUGAGUAUCCUGUGUACAACAUGACCAUGGCUGAUGUAACGAUAUCGUGUACCACCUUAGAUAAAGAUGUUCGGGAGGAAGUUCAUAAGUAUGUACAGAUGAUGGGUGGACGUGUGUACAGAGACCUCAAUAUGUCAGUAACUCAUCUUAUAGCUGGAGAAGUUGGCAGCAAGAAAUACUUAGUAGCUGCUUCUCUGAAAAAACCUGUUUUGCUUCCUUCUUGGGUUAAGACGCUAUGGGAUAAAUCUCAGCAAAGAAUGAUGAGAUACACUGAUGUUAACAUGGAAGACUACGCUUGUCCUGUGUUUCUUGGCUGUACCAUUUGCGUAACUGGCUUAAGUAGUUCAGACAGGAAAGAAGUCCAGCGCCUCACGGCUGAACAUGGUGGGCAGUAUUCAGGGCAGCUCAAGAUGAAUGAAUGUACUCACCUCAUAGUUCAAGAGCCAAAAGGUCAGAAAUACGAAUGUGCCAAAAAAUGGAAUGUCCACUGCGUGCCUGUGCAGUGGUUUUCUGACAGCAUUGAGAAGGGCUUCUGUCAAGAUGAGACAAUGUAUAAAAUAGAGAGUGGAUCAAAACUAAGUAGCACACCCAGUACCUCAACACCCACCAGCCACGCCAGCAAGCUUGACACUCAUUCCCUUUCGGAUGUCAGCUGCAUUUCCAAUGUAAAUUUGAGUAGAGUUAAUGAAACUGCUUGUAGUUCUGCAAUGAGCAGCAGACUGGAUCCUCCUCCUGAUGAGCUGGAAAACUUGGACAUAAGCUCUUUUCAAGCUCCUGAAGAUCUAUUAGAUGGCUGUCGGGUCUAUCUGUGUGGCUUCAGUGGCAGGAAGCUGGACAAGAUGAGAAGGCUUAUUAACUGUGGUGGUGGUGUUCGAUUUAAUCAGCUUAAUGAAGAUGUUACCCACGUCAUUCUGGGGGAAAACAGUGACGAGCUGAAACACUUUUUGGACAAGACGCUUCACAGGCCUCAUAUAGUGACAGCAAAAUGGCUACUGGAGUCAUUUAAUAAAGGCUAUCUCUGUCCAGUGGAGCAGUAUAUCCCUCAAAACUACCAGCUGUUAGCGAAUACAAUUUUGGAACAACCCGAUGCAAAGUUAGUUCUUCCCAAAAACAACAGCAUGUCAAAGAAGAAAGCUGUGAAUGUUGUGAAGCUCCAGAAAGCUGCAGAAGACGACUUCCUCUCUCAGUAUGUCAGUAAUGAUUCUACAUUAGUUGAAGCUGAGAAACUAGCAUCUGGUAGCUUCAAUGAUGUUACUCAUGUGACUGUUCAAGAAGAGAAUCAUUCUUCUGUCUGUAAUGGUUCUUUGGGAGAGCCUUCUGCACUGGAUGAAGGUUUAUUUGCCAGGAAGAGAUUUCUUCUUUUGGGUUUUGGAGAAGAAGAUGAGUCCUGCAUUGCAGAUCUGAUUAAGGAGCAUGCUGGGAAAACUGUGCCGCUGCAAAGCAGAAUCAUUGCAGACUAUGCUGUGGUACCUUUAUUGGGGUGCUCUGUGGAGUCAACUGUUGGUGAUGUUGUCACGAAUACAUGGCUGGUAACGUGUGUGGAACAGCAGCUCCUCUUAGAUCCCCAGUCCAAUCCACUUUUCACACCAGUCCCAGUAAUGGAAGGAGUUACUCCUUUGGUGGACUGUGUUCUUUCUUUUAGCCAAUUUACUGGUGCAGAGAGAGACUCCCUGGUUUAUCUGGCAGGACUUCUAGGAGCAAGAGUCCAGGAAUUCUUCGUGAGAAAAGCCAAUGCAAAAAAAGGAAUGUUUGCAAGUACCCAUCUUGUGGUGAAAGAGCCGGAUGGUUCCAAGUAUGAGGCUGCAAAGAAGUGGAAUUUGCCUGCGGUCACUGUAGCUUGGCUUUUGCAGUCUGCAAGGACAGGAAAGAGAGCAGAUGAAAGCAAGUUUUUGGUUGAACAUGCAGAUGCUGAAGAUGAGAGUUCCAUUACUAAACUUAGCAAGACACCACCAACUACUAAAUUUCCUGAUUCUCCAGAGCGACCUACUUAUCUCCGCGAAGCUGGAAAAAAACCAGCCGUCACCCCUCUUGAUAUCAACAGGUUUCAGAGUAAAGCUUUCCAAGCUGUAAUCUCUCAUCAUAUUGGGAAGGCAACAACUUCUCCUCCACCAAGAGGGCUGCUACAAAAAGAACCAUCUUUACACCUUGAUACACCAUCAAAAUUUCUUUCCAAAGACAAGUUGUUCAAGCCUUCUUUUGAUGUAAAGGAUGCUCUGGCAGCUUUGGAAACUCCAGGAGGUCUUGGUCAAAAGAACAGGAAGCUGAGCACACCUCUUUCUGAAGUCAUUGGCAGAAACCUGAAAUUGGCACUGGCAAACAGCACUCGGAAUACAGAAGCUCUUACUGCCAGCCCUCAGCUGAAGGCUGCACAGCCAGAAGUGGAAGAAGAGCCCAAGCCUCUAGCUGGUGUUGUUAUAUGUGUUAGUAAAAAACUUACUAAGAAGCAAAGUGAACUGAACGCUAUAGCAGCUUCUCUUGGUGCAGACUACAGAUGGUGUUUUGAUGAAACAGUAACACACUUCAUCUACAAGGGAGGACAAAACGACAGCAACAAGGAAUAUAGAUCUGUUAAAGAACGAGGAAUACAUAUUGUUUCAGAACACUGGCUUUUAGAGUGUGCCCAAGAAUAUAAACGGCUUCCUGAAUCUCUCUUUCCUCACACUUACAAUCCCAAAAUGAGCCUGGACAUCAGCGCGGUGCAAGAUUUCAGGCCCUCCUCUUCCAGUGAGCUUCCACCCACUGGAAAACCAGCAGAAGAAAAUGAGAUUAUUGCAGUUGAUGAAGACGAUGCUGAAGAUGAUUUAACUACUGAUCAAAUAAAGGAAACAGCUGGCACAGGGGAAGAGCACAAUGGAAUAAGUGAAUCCAAGGGAGUUUUAACCCAGGCGCUAGAAAUGAGGGAGAACUUCCAGAGGCAGCUGCAGGAAAUCAUGUCUGCGACAUCAAUAGUGAAACCACAAGGACAAAGAGGAUCCCUGUCAAGGAACAGUUUUGAUAGUUCUCCAGCCACUCCUGAUAGCGCCCGGUCUGUGCGAAAUGGCCGCAGCAGAGCCUUGGAAGCUCUAAGGCAAUCUCGUCAGGCUUUCACAGAUAUCAACACGGAGCCAUCCCAGAGUGAGCAGAUCAUCUGGGAUGAUCCUACAGCAAGAGAGGAAAGAGCAAGACUUGUCAGCAACUUCCAGUGGCCUAACAGUCCUUCCCAGUACACAGAGCAAGCUCAGAGUAACGUCAAUAGGAACACGGAUGAGUCUACCUUCAAAGGAUCCAUAGCUGAUGCAGAGAUUGCUGGUAUAGUUGUUCCUGAGGCUGGGGAUGGAGAUACGAUUGAAGGUCUGAAGAAUCCUGUAUGUAGAGAUCCUGAAACACCCAUUAAAGAUCACUUGAUCCCCACUCCACAGGCUCCCAGCAUUGCAUUCCCACUGGCUAACCCUCCUGUGGCACCACAGCCCAAAGAAAAGGCUGUUACAGAAGAUGAGAAGGUAGAUGAAGAACCGGAAAAAUGCCGUAAAUUUCAGCUGUCUUCUCUGAAUCCUCAAGAAAGAUUUGACUACUGCCAUCUGAUUGAGGAAUUAGGUGGAAUAGUACUUGAGAAACAGUGCUUUGAUCCAAGUUGCACACACAUUGUUGUGGGACAUCCUCUUCGAAAUGAGAAAUUCCUGGCCUCGAUGGCAGCUGGAAAGUGGGUGCUUCAUCGUUCCUACCUGGAGGCAUGCAGAGGAGCUGGCUGCUUUGUUCAGGAAGAAGAUUAUGAGUGGGGAAGUGAUUCCAUACUUAAUGUUUUGCCUGGAAUCAAUGUAAACCAGAAGAAGCUAGCGCUCGCAGCCAUGAGGUGGAGGAAAAGAAUUCAUAAAGGAAGGCAAGAAACUGGAAUUACUGAGGGAGCCUUCAGUGGCUGGAAGGUGAUCCUGAAUGUUGAUCACACCAAGGAAGCAGGAUUCCGACGCCUUCUUCAGUCAGGAGGAGCAAAAGUGUUUUCUGGUCAUUCUGUGUCUUUCUUCAAAGAAGCGACUCAUCUCUUCGCUGACUUCAGUAAGCUGAAGCCAGAUGACACCAGGGUGAACAUAGCAGAGGCGGCAGAGCAGGGAGUGAACUGCUUGAAGCCAGAGUACAUUGCAGACUUCCUCAUCCAGGAUCCACCUCCCCCAAUGGAGUCUUACUGCCUGCCAGAAGCUGAGCGUUGCUUCCAGAACAACAAAGAACGUGGGACUGGAUUAUCCCAGAAAAGAAAAGCACCGGGAGAAAUGAGCAGAGUCAAGCGAUCCAGAAUGCACUGAGAAAGUUCCGUGCUUUUAAUUUGUACAUUUAAUAUAUUUGUAUUUAUAUUUUUUCAUCCUCGCCACAAAAAUUAAAAGCUUUGAAUCUCA